AGAGGCGGCUAAACAUCUCUCUCUCUCUCUCUCUCUCUCCAGUAUUGACCCAAUUGAUAUCUCAAUAAAAUAGAAACGACGACCCUCGAGUCUUCUCCGCCUCAAUUUUGAUGGGUUGUCAUGAUUUUCUGUCCUAAGUUCUUGUUUUCCUCUGAUCUCCCCAGAUCAAGAGAUCCCCCAGAAUGUCGCAAAAUCGAAUCUUUCUGAUUCUUCUCUUGGUCUCGAUCCCGUGUCACCAAUCUGGUGCGUCUCUCGUUUGGAAAUAUGGGAGACCCUCUCGAUUUCUGGAGGGGACGAAACCCAACGAGACUUCUCCAGCGCCUAGUCCGGGUUUGAAUUCGGGCCAGAAAAGCCCGAAGAAAUCGAACACCAUGGAUCCGACUGUUACUUCCAGUGGCGACAACAAGUGUUUGAUUCCAGCUGAGACGUGCCAAGCUGGCGACAAUCUGACUGCUUGCCUGCACCAUCCUGAAAAUGAGUCCAAGGGGACAUUUGUCCUUGUCCAGAAUGGUGCAGAGGAUCCUCUCGAAGUGAAGAUUAUUUGCUUACCUGCAAACAUCACCAUCGAGGAUAGACUAACAAAACAGGAAACCAAAGUGGUUAAUGUCACAGCUGAUGUUGGAGUAUGUUCAUCCAUAACAGUAAAUGCUGGAAAUGUGCACUGCAACAUUAGUAUGGGAGUACCAGUGUCAGGAGGCAACUUUUUUCAACAAUUCCCUUAUGCCACUCAGGUCACCCCCAUUCACGGACUGUACCUUCUAUUGGGAAUGGUUGUUACAAUUGGAGGGGUGUGGGCAUGCUGCAAGUUUGGGAAAUCGGAAAGACGGAUCGAUGGGAUUCCAUAUCAAGAGCUUGAAAUGGGGCAAGUGGAUUCGACUUCGGCCAAUGUUGUGGAAGCGGCGGAAGGUUGGGAUGAAAGUUGGGAUGAUGAUUGGGGUGAUGAGAUUAGGGAAGUUAAAUCACCAAGCCAAGGGCCAGAGGGUAAUGCAGCUGCUAAGGCAAAUGGAUUUGCAUCUCGGUCUUCUGAUAGAAAUGGCUGGGAAGACAACUGGGAUGAUUAAGAACUGGAUAGAACCUAUGGUCCCUUUAUAUUUAUUGGAAUCGGUGGAAAAAUCGAGAACUUCAAGAACACAAGAAGAGAUUAUACAUGUAGAGAAUUAGGUAUAGCAUUGUGAAGAGGCAGGAAAUGUGCUGCCUUUUCUGUUUUUGGCUUUCCAGUACUUGUGAAUUUUCACUUUUUUCACAAUUUUGGCCCUUAAUUUCCUUCUCCAGAAAUCAUUCGGGGGUAAAUUUUGGUUUGUAAAUUUUUAAUUUUUAAUUUUUAAUUUUUAAUUUUUUUUUUUGCCUUUUCUACCUGUAACUGUCGACAGAAAUCUAAGUUACUUGAAGAUCUAAAGUUUUGUUCUUGUCUGCGUUUCGGAAACAAUGAUCCGGUUGGUUACUGUUCUACACGGAUAUAACUGCUUCAAUUUCUUGCAUUAGGAGCCUCUCAGUGUCUUUGCAUGCUGGAGAAUCGGAGACUUGGAAUUA